AUGUGGUCUAAAAAACAAUUUAGUCAAUUUUUUAAAUAUUCUCAAUUUUUUAGUACGCGGAUUUUGUUAAAAAAACAAUCAACACAAUAUAAUGUAGAUACUAUGUUGCAUAUUCCAGAACCUGAAUAUGAUGUAGAUUAUAUAUGCAAUCCAUCUAAUCGAGAUAUUAUUUAUAAUAAUAUAUUAGCAAGGAAAAAUAUUGGAAAUAUUGACAAAGUUCUUGAACUUUCAAAAAAACCAGAAUUAAAGAAAUUAUUCCUAAAUGAAUUAAAUAAAAUACCAAAUCAAAUAGAUCCAAUAGUAUUAUCCUAUGGUACAGAACCAAAAAUUUUAAAAGAAUAUGGACACAAACCAGAAUUUGACUUUAAACCACAAGAAUUUUCAACAUUAGUUACAAAAUUAAAAGCAUUAAAAGGUAAUAUUUUGAAACCCUUAAUAGGACAACGUGGUUACUUAUUUUUAGGAGAUUUAGCAGAAUUAGAAGAAGCAUUGAUUUAUUAUACAAUCAAAAAAUUAAUGAAAUAUGAUUUUAAACUUGUUUCUGUUCCUGACAUUAUUCCUACUGAAAUAAUAAAAAGAUGUGGAUUAAUAUUAAAUGAUAAAAGAGAUCUUGUAUAUAAUUUAAGUCCACUUUAUGGAAAUUACAGUUUAUCUGGAACAGCAGAAAUGUCUUUAGCUUAUAAAAUAAUGAAUACCAUAUUUGAUUCUGAAGAUUUACCAUUAAAAAUGGCUGCUGUAAGCAGGUGUUUUAGAGCAGAAGUAUCUAAUCUUCAUCAAGAGAAAGGUUUAUAUAGGGUUCAUCAGUUCACAAAAGUUGAAAUGUUUGUAUGUUCAAAACAUGAGGAAUCUGCAAAUCAAUUUCAAGAACUUCAAAAUAUUCAAGAAAAUUUAUUUUCUUCUUUAAAUUUACAUUUUCGAGUAAUUAAUAUGCCAUCUCAUGAUUUAGGAGCUUCAGCAUAUAGAAAAGUAGAUAUAGAAGGCUGGAUGCCUGGAAAACAAAUGUAUGGAGAAUUAUCUAGUUGUAGUAAUUGUACAGAUUAUCAGUCACGAAGACUUAGUAUAAAAUAUAAAACAAAGAAUGGAGAAAUUUUACAUGUUCAUACUUUAAAUGGAACUGCAUGUGCUAUACCUCGUAUGUUAAUUGCACUAUGUGAAUCAUAUCAAACAAAAUAUGGCUGUAUUACAGUUCCAAACAUUUUAGCACCUUACAUGACAGAAAAAACACUUAUUAAAAAACAAAAAAUUGCAGAUACAAAAUUUCAUAAAUUUAAAUUAUUUAAUCUAUAAAUCUAUAAAUAUAUCAAUAUUUAUAUAAUAAACGUUUAAAUAAAAAUAAUUGAAAUAAUA